UAUGUGCAGAUUGUUUUCUAAUUGACAAAGACAUCUUGGAAACAAAAGAUGGACUAAAAAAUUGGUUUCAAGCAGUUUUAAAGGAGUUUAUCUCUCACAGCAGCAGUCCAAACGACACAGUAGAAAAAUCUGUGUUUAUGAAGUGCAUUGCUCACAUAACAGGUUUUCUUGCCACAAGAAAAUCAAUUCAAUGUACAGUACCAACUUUGGAUCAGAACACUACAAAACAAGUCCAGUCAGUGAUGCUUAACAUUGACCAACUACGUAUACUACAUCGCUCAGGUGCAAAGAAGAAAAUCAUUAUUUCCAAUUUUGGCGGUGGUAAAACGCAGCUGGGAUUGUGUGAACUGGAAUAUCUUGCUACACAUGCUGAGGAAAAUACCAAAAUUUUUUACAUAUGCUGGUCCUCAAGGGACUUGCUGGUGAAUGAUAUUAAAAGAUUUGUUGACGCCCUUACCAUCAAAGAUAUUGUUAAAGUACACGUCAUUGGUUUAAUGGAGCUAGCUCAAGAUCUUGAACUUUCUAAUAUAACUUCACUUUCUCAGGUUGUAUCUCGCCUCUUUCAACGUCACAAGGACUGCAUAGUGCAUAUAAUUAUUGACGAAUAUGAUGGCGAACAACUUAGCCUAGAGAUUGCUCAAGAUUUUCAUGUUAUACAUAGCAAACCUGAAUUCAAGCACUGUCAUAUCAUGUUGCUUCCCCAUUCUCUAGGUAAAUACCGCACGUUGGUGUCAUCAACGUGCAGUAUUUGUGGACGUCAAAGCCAUAAUAAAUAUCAAUACCAAGCUACUGGUUUACCGAGAUUCGUUUUGGAUAAGUGCAUGAGAACAACACAAUGUAAUUAUAAGCUCAUCAGUAAAAUCGAAGCUAUUAUUUGCAGUAGUGUUGUGGAAUAUAGGCACCCAAAGCAGAACAAACAGCUGCCGCAAUUUUUAAAAUGGUUAUCAUCAACAGCUGUAGCAAAAACUGAAAAGGAAUCUCACAACACAAAUGAAGUUCGACCAGUCCCUGUGAGAGAUACAACCGACCAUUUAAUAUUUGAAGCUCCGGUUGAUUUAGACACAGCAGUUGCAAUUUCAAAGGAAAUUCCCCUAGAUAAAGAUAUAAAAACUGAAACACACUUUCGUUUACCAACUUUUGUUGGUAUUGGUCAUGGUAUUUCAGGUAAGAAGCCGACCUAUUACUAUUUAGAAGACAACGAAAUCUCUGAUCAUGAAGUAAUAUCUAGGCUAGCGAUAACAUUGGAGCAUCGAUUUCUUAGUGGUGAUAUUUCAAGAUUGGUACUCUGUAACAGUUCUUACCAUCAGUAUAUAAUGCAGCAUGUAUUGGAUCAACUUGGGAUACGCUAUUUCUCCUUUACAAAAGAAUCAAAUUGGUCACUGACAAACACCACUGAUGACCACAAAGAUGUUUUUCCUGGCAAUCCUUACACAUUGAUCACUAAUUGUGAAGGAUGUCGGGGGAGAGAAGCAGACCAAGCUUUUGUCUGUAUUGAUCAAGACGAUUGUGUUCAAAAACAUAUAACUCUGGAAUGCAUGACCAGAAGCACUGGGGAAUUGUUUAUAAUUGGUCUUAAAAAGCCAUUACUGAAAGAUUCUCCGUCAAGUAAGGUUAAAGACUUGAGAAAGUUUUUUGAGCGAUUGCGGUUGCGUUCUUCAACAGGAACACAAUCUGAUGAGCCAAUUGAAAAUUCAAUUGGAGCUAUUUUAACGCAGGUUAUAGCUGAAAAGUUGCUUGAUUCCUUUAAAAUUCAAACGAUUCAGUAUUUUAAUGCUGAGAAGCAUCUUGUUGAAAUUGAAGGUGACUGGAAGGUUAACAUAAAUUCGAAUCGAUAUAGGCGAUAUAUUAUCAAUCUGCAAGAAAAUGGUGUUACUUUUACUGAAAAUCAAGAUAGCGCUAACAAUUUAGAUGUUUUUAAAAUGUUGCAAAUUGCUGAACCUGUGGACGAAGUAAAAUGCUUUUAUCGUGACUCCAAUUCAUGCUGGCUGUCAUGGAAACCAAAUGGAUACAAUUAUGUAGUGCGCAGGAGAGAUGCAAGCUCUGACUGGCGCGAAGUAUUGCAAACAACUGCAGGAAGAUGUUCAGUCACUAAUCUUGUGAACGGAGGCAACUAUCAAUUUUCUGUCACAGCUUAUAGCACUGUUGCGCCGUCUGAUCCUGCUUAUGUCAACUACAUUCACAAAAUAACAUACAAUGGCAAAUCUACAUUUGAAGAAUUGGAAAAGUUGAUUUUGGGUAGCACUAUUGAUGCAAUCCGAGAAAAACUGUCUGCAGAUCCAGACUUACUGUUUGCCACAAAUCGCUCUGGUAAAACGCUACUUAUGAGUUCCGUUAUUCACAACAAACCCGCAAUUAUUAAAGAAUUUUUGCAAGCAAGGCAUUGCGAUCCAUGGACAGUCGACAUUUUAGGAAAAAACGGAUACCACCUCUCUGCGUCUGCUGGACACAGGAGAUGUUUAGAGGCGCUUUGUGCACACGACGUUUCCAAUAUUAACCGCGGUGAUGUGAACAGCGAUACACCAUUACAUCUUGCUUCGAAGUUUGAGCACAUUGGAUGUGUUAAGGUGCUUCUACAAUUUGGCUGUAGUACGAAGAUUGAAAAUAAAAACGGUUUGACAGCGUCUGAUAUGGGAAAUGAAGAAAUUCAACGUAUUAUUAACUGUCAUUUAUCAUAAAAUUCAGCACAAUUUGAAUGUGUCACAUUUAAAUAAAAUUUCCGUAAACAACAUUUUGCUGGCGUCAGCACUUUUUUGUCCCGUCAUUACACAUUCAUGAAUAGCCAGAACGCAAGUACGUCGAAAUUUCGUGCAGAUAAUAAUUUCUCUUUUAAUUGACAUAUAUUAUUUACCGCUACUUGAAUAAAAGAAUCACCUACUUGUUCUCCCAUUUUUUAACUUAAAAAGGAUUAAAUGUUUAUUUUGUAUUAUAUAUUUGAAUUUCCGCGCCCGAAGGCGUAGGAAAUUCUUUAAAA